GAAAGAAUAGUUGAUACCUAUGAGGUUCAGCUUUAUAGAUCAUGUUUCAGGCGGCCAAACAUCUCUCGCGGGCACUUCCAAGUGCGGGAAAUAUACGCGCAGCUACAUGCUCAUGUCUCGGUUUUUCGACAGCUACCCCUCAAGAUCCUGUGCCCCUCGCAGACAAUGACCCUGGAGGAUUACAUCCCGUUACGCCCGGCGAUACCUUCCACGAGUCACAAUAUAGAGUUUUGCGAAAGCUCGGCCAGGGACGGUACUCAAUCGUGUGGCUUGCUGCCGAUUCUCUAUCACGAAAAGAUGUGGCUCUCAAAAUACUAAGGGCAGAUUGCUAUGGGACUUCAAAUGACAUUUUCGAGCUUGAAAUGCUGGAGAAGAUUUCAGAGGCCGGGUAUCAGCACCUUCAAGGGGCGGGUCAAGUUACGCGUCUCCUGAAUCACUUCAAGCAUUGUGGUCCAAAUGGAAACCACAUUUGUUUAGUUCUUGAUGUCUGGGGGCAUCACAUCGGCCACGAAGCACAACGCUAUAGCCAACGAAGAAUACCAGUCAGAGUCAUGAAAGAAGUUGUGCGGCAGAUUCUCUUAGGCUUGGACUUCCUUCACAGGCAAUGUGGAAUCAUACACACUGAUCUAAAACCGUCCAAUAUUUUGAUUGAUAUAGAAAAUACAGACGACGCCAUUCCCAGAUAUCUACAAGAGACAGCCUCUACAUCAGACACUCAACCAAAAACAGUAGCUUCCCAGUCAAUCACCGAAGUUGUUACGUCAAGGCGACUAGCUGAUCGAGAAUCGUUCAAAAUAUGCAUCAUAGACUUGGGAGUCUCAAGCUGGCUUGAUAAGCAUCUUUCGGAGAAUAUCCAGCCACCGCUGCUUCGAGCCCCCGAAGUUACCUUAGGUGCUCCUUGGGGACCGCCGGUCGAUAUAUUCAGCUUAGGUUGCUUGAUCAUAGAGCUGACCAAGGGUCAUAGAUGUUUCCCUGGAUCAGCUGCAAGCAAUGGAGCAUGGACUGCCGAAGACGACCGUCUCGCACAAAUGAUCGAAGUUCUUGGGCCGUUCCCUGACUCACUUCUGUCUCGAGGGUCGAAGACUGAUCAGUUCUUUAAAUCCCAGGGAGGACUUCGCCGCAUUGACUCGGCACAGCUCGAGUCUACGUCACUCAAGAAUCUGAUGGAUGGUGAAAAUCCCGCGUUGCAAAGACCAGCCGAUAUGUCUGACGAAGAUCUGGAAUUGCUUAUUGAUUUCUUAGAGGGGACACUAAUGCUGGAUCCAAACUUACGCAAGACAGCCUUGGAGUUGCUAGAACAUCCUUGGCUCAAAGCAGAAGACGAAGUGACUAGAUAGGCGUGGGACGGAGGGGAACUCAACGACAGUACGAAAAACUGAAAUGGAAGAAUAAUUGUAAACUACAUAUAGUUUGAAGGAUAAUAAAUUGAAAAUUAAUAAUAUCCUACUGAUGGCUAUUAUAUAAUAUCG